GGCGCGGCGGGAUGCGGGCCCCGGGGGGCGGCGCGGGGUCGGCGGCGCUGGCGGCGGGGCUGGUGCUGCUCUACUACGCCUUCUCCAUCGGCAUCACCUUCUACAACAAGUGGAUCAUGAAGGUGGGCGGGGCGGGGGGGAGGGAGAGGCGCCCCUCCCCACCCGCCCCGCCCCCGGCUCACCCCCCUCUCCCCUCCCCCCUCUCCCCGCAGAGCUUCGGCUUCCCGCUCUUCAUGACGCUGCUGCACCUGCUGGUCAUCUUCGCGCUCUCGGGCCUGACGCGCCGCUGCGCCCGGAGACCCGCCCGCCCGCUGCUGCCCUGGGCCGCCUACCUGCGCCAGGUGGGCCCCGCAGGUGAGGCCGCUCCCUCUCUCCCGCUGCUCCGGGGAAGGCAGCUCAACAAGCUCUAGCUUAAAGCUCAAGGGACCCCUGACCAUUAGGUCCAGUCGUGGCCGACUCUGGGGUUGCGGCCUCAUCUCGCUUUACUGGCCGAGGGAGCCGGCAUACAGCUUCCGGGUCAUGUGGCCAGCAGGACUAAGCCGCUUCUGGUGAGCCAGAGCAGUGCACAGAAACGCCGUUUACCUUCCCGCCAGAGCAGUACCUAUUUAUCUACUUGCACUUUGACGUGCUUUCGAGCUGCUAGGUUGGCAGGAGCAGGGACUGAGCAACGGGAGCUCACCCCGUCACGGGGAUUCAAACCGCCGACCUUCUGAUCGGCAAGCCCUAGGCUCUGUGGUUUAACCCACAGUGCCACCCGCAUCCCAUAGCUCUAGCUUAGGGCCCCCAAAAAAAUUUAAGGGAAAAAAACACUGAAUGUACAUUUCCAAAACAUAAGAUAAAAAAGAAAUAAAAUAAAACCGAUACACAGCAACAGUGUUUUGUGUUGUGUAGGUUCUUAUUUGUUAUGUGCAAAUAGUUUGAGAUACGUAUUAGUUCUGUUAAUUACCAUCUUGCAUAUAUUCAAAACAAAAAACAGUGGCAAUUUGCUGUUGACAAAGGACAGCUGGACAUAGAAAGGACCCCAUUACCUUCAGUAUCAAAGCUAAAUCCGGCCCUAGGGGGACCAUUAGCCUUGAAUUUCUGCACAAGCAGGCAGGCAGGACGAGAAGCAUCAAGGCGAAGGGGCAGGACACACCUCUCCACGCCUUCUUUCACGGUUUGUGAAAAUACGCCUGCUCAUGUGGAGGGCAGCAGUUGGUUCUUUUCCUCUCCUGUUCCUCACACUUGGAGUCCACAGGGAAAGGGACCCAGGAAAGAGAAGGAAAAAUGCGGAAUGUACAAUUUGUUCUUCCAUAUUUUACUGCCGGAAGAGGUGGAGGUUGGCCCGGCAGCUCAGUCCCAGGGGAGGAAGGUGGCAACAUUCUAUCCCCGAAUGCUAGUUGCUUGGGGGCAAAGGAGAAGGGCUGUAGCCUUGUCCUCGUCUUGGGGGCUUCCUGGACACAUCUUGGCUGACUAGCUGUGGGUGAGACAGCCAGGCUGACCUCUCAUUUGGUCCUCUUUCUCUUUGCCUCUCAGCUCUGUCAACGGCCCUGGACGUGGGGCUCAGCAACUGGAGCUUCCUCUACAUCACCGUCUCGCUGUGAGUAUGGGGUGGGGUCUUGUGAAGACGCUGCCCGUCUCUCUUGCCUGCCUGCCUGACGGCCGCCUUCCUCCCUGGUCUUGCAGCUACACCAUGACCAAGUCCUCGGCUGUCCUCUUCAUCUUGUUCUUCUCUCUGGUCUUCAAGCUGGAGGAGCCGGUGAGCGCCCAGCCCCUGUGUCCCCAAGGCGGAGCGGGAGGGGAUCAUUGGGCCUGCGGCCACCAGCCAACCUGCGCUGUUCUUCUUCCCACCAGAGGGCGGCGCUGGUGCUGGUGGUGCUGCUCAUUGCAGGGGGGCUCUUCCUCUUCACCUACAAGGCGACGCAGUUUGACAUGGAGGGCUUUGCCAUGGUGCUGGGCGCCUCCUUCCUGGGCGGAAUCCGCUGGACGCUGACACAGAUACUUCUGCAGAAGGACGAGCUGGGUAUGUGCCCUUCUGGGGCGGGUGUCGGGGGGGGGCAGGCGACACCCUGCACCGUUUCCCCCUCCUUGAUGGGCUCCCCCUUCUCACCCUCCUGGCAGGACUCCAGAAUCCCAUAGACACCAUGUUCCACCUGCAGCCAGCCAUGUUCCUGGGCCUCUUCCCCCUCUUCGCUGCAUUUGAGGGUAAGUUGUUUGGGUGAGGCGGGGACAGAAAUGGCACCUGAGCGGGAAGCAGAGGGAGCGGCAGAGCAGGGGAUCCAGGUGCAAAUCUUCUCCCAGGGGAGCUGUUCCCCAAAAGGAUGCUUGUCUGGGGGUUUCUUACUCUAGGGCAGUGGUUCCCAACCUUUUUUUGGUCGUGCCGCACCUAAGCAUCUCUAAAAUCCUGGUCCCCCCACAUAACCUAUAAUUCUUAUUAUUCAAAAAGUGAACUAAUCACGUGGAGGAAGCCUAAAAGGCCAUUAACUGUUAAUAACUCAUUCUCAAAUUGCCCCCUAGUGGGGUGUGUGCCCCACACUGGGAACCAUGGCUCUAGGGAAUUCACUGGGGUCCAAGCAGGGUUUAGGUUCCUUCUCCAAAGCUGUUGGCUGGUACGUUCGUAGCUCCAGUCGUGUAGAAGGGGGGAGGGAGAGAUUCUGGGGAGGAAUAGGGAAAUGUAAAAUAGUCUUUUGUUAGGUGUGGACAGAAUGUGCGGGGUUGUAUCCAUGCUCAUAGACCCAGGGAAGCGAGUGGAGGUGGCUAGACAGCGCCCUGUGAUGGCGCAUUGUGCAUAAGUGGAAGAGAACAAUGAGCGGGGGGAAAAGCCACGUCCGUCAGGCUACUUUGGGCUGGUUCUUUAGUUCUCGGCAAACAGAAGUUACAAAUCUAGAGCUGGAGCUGCAAGACAGGACACCACCCAAAAGCAUCUCAGUUCAUAGGAAAUUUUAAAAAACAUCAACGUUGAAAAUCAAAACUGUCACCACUGUGGAAACCCAAAGAAAUGCUGUAUUUGGACUUGGGAAUUAUUUGUUUGCUUCAGUGCAGUCUUGCGGCCACCAAAGCAGCUCCUCUUCCUGUAGGAAAAGCUCAUAGUGGACCCCUCAGGCCUCCCCUCCCCGCAGGUGGUCAGGCAACUUUCCUGGUCAGUUGCAAGGAGUAUUUUCCUUGGUUGCGGAGGGAGAGAAACCCUUGGAGUGUUUGUCAAUCUGUUGCUGAGUUUCUGCCUGCUCCAAGGUGGGUCGGCCUCCCCAGAACAGGGCUGAGCUUCCCUGGGCCCCUGGCUCGGCAGGAGGAGCCCUGAGGGCCCCUAGGGCUGAGCACCCUCCCUUGGAAGUCCAGCCCACGGCACUUGCUUCCUGAGCCCUCUCUCUCCCCCCCUUCCUCCCAGGCCUGCCCUUGUCUGCGUCGGAGAAGCUCUUCCGUUUCCACGAGGUGGACCGUCUGCUGGGCCUCUUGGGCAAGCUGGCCCUGGGGGGGCUGCUGGCCUUUGGGCUGGGCUUCUCCGAGUUCCUCCUGGUGUCGAAAACCUCCAGCCUCACCUUGUCCAUCUCUGGCAUUUUCAAGGUAUUGGGUGGCCUUUCCUCCUCUGGCCCUUCCUUGCCCAGCCAGCCAACCCAUGGCCCCAGUCGCCUCUUGCUUGGCCCCGGGUGGGAGCCCAUGAGUCUUUGGGGUGGGGUCUUCUCUUUGUCCCAUGGAGGCCUGAGGGGCUUCUGUGCCCCAGUGAGAAGUGCUCAGUCCACCCCCUUCCCAAUGUGAGACUUUCAAUUGGCUCCUGGGGCCGCCAGUCCUGGCGGCUGUGACUCGCUCCUGCUGUUGUCCUCAGGAGGUCUGCACUCUUCUGCUGGCCACGCACCUCAUGGGAGACCGCCUGAGCCUCUUGAACUGGCUGGGCUUCGUCGUCUGCCUCCUGGGGCUCUCCCUCCAUGUUGCGCUGAAGGCUCUCAGUGCCACAGGUAAUGUUGGGGGUGGUGGGGUCUUGGGACUUGGGCUUCCUGCAUAGCCAAGGUUUGGGGUGGGGGCCGGAGAAGCCCGGCUGCCUGUUGGGGGCUGGCUGACCAGUGCCUCCUUCUCUGCAGGGCAAAAGGGUGCCAGGCAGCCCAAGGAGUCUUGCUCCAGCCCGGACUUGGAGUUGCUGCUGCUCCACCACCAGGAGGAAGAGGACCCUGCGGGAUUCCCCCAGCGCUGAAACACGCCAGCAGCUCAGCCAAGAGAGCCCAAGGCAGGGGGAGCCGGCUACCCCGGAGGGCCUCAAAUGGGGGGGCUUGGGACCCCUUAGAAGGGAAGAGGCUGAAGCACUUGGGCCCUGGUGUUAUGGGAAAGAUCUCGGGGGUGGGGAGCCACAGGAAGCUUGGGGGGCGCUGCGCUGCGUUGGGUCUCCGUGGCUCAGAGAGGGAGCUUGGGGGAGGCUGUAAAGUGAGGCUGACCGUGCCAUCCUGUGACACUGGGUGCCUCCUUUCUGCACCCAUCUUUGUGCCCUCUGGCCUGCGUGCCCCUCAGGGUCGGAGGCAGUGCCACGUGAAUGUGUUAAGGAGCGAAAAGGCUGUUGGGGUUGGAGGACCAGCUGGUGCUUUGGGAGACGUGUUGGGACCAAAGUGGGCUGAGGCCAGAGCAGCAGCCGAGAGCCUCCUGCUUUCUGCUUCUGGGUUUGCAGCAGUCCCUGGAGUUUGCAGGGGGUGGGCAUCAUGGUGGUCUCAGAACUAGGCGCUUCUGAGAUGGUACUCGGAGCUCCAGCUACUGGAGGAAGCAGUAGAAACCUGCCACGAACUUGGGCAGGGUGUGGGCAGAGAGAGAGUUGGGCAUAGGACCAGAAGGUAGCCUUGUGGAAAGCAGCUUGGGAGCUGGAGCCCUGAACGCGGAAUGCCCUGGACCAGUCAGGCAGCCUGGGGGAAGAGGAGCCCUCCCAUGCUGAUAUCUUGAAGACACGGGAGGCCAUCUCUGGGCUCUGAAGAGUAGCAUUUCAGUGUCCUCAACCCUCUUCACCCUUGCUUGGAAGUAAGUCCCAUGGAAGUCAUCCGGAUUUGCAAGCAAGCAAGUAUCGGAUCGCAGCCCUGGGGAAGAAUGUGGCAGCCGCCUUGCCAGUUCCCCUCCACUCCCAGCUGUGGCUGCUCAGAAUGGCCCUGGGCAGCUGGCAAGAAGGACACGGGGUGGCGCUGGCAGCCGCUGCCACCAUUCAGAGGUGUGCAUGGUAUUCUGAAAUGCAGCUGUGCCAUCCAUUCAGAUGUAAUGGUGGCGCUUGUGGUUUUAGUUGGACCAAAGCGGGCCCAUCCAGCCCGGCUUCCAGCCUCCCAGAGUGGCCGGUCAGAUGCCCCCAAGGGAGACCCCCCCCCCCGAGGACUGAGGGCUCUCCCCACCCUGAUUUCUGGAGGCGGCAUGGAGUCGCGCUCUGUCCAGUCGCCACUUGCAGCCACUCUUCCUCUGUCCCCGGCUAAAGCCAGCUGAGCUGGUGGCCAUCACUGCCUCUCCUGGGAGCAAAUCCCAGAGUUUAACUCUUCACCGUGUGAAGAAGGGCCUCCUUCUCUCCCCAUCCCAAAUCUCCCUCUUCCUUGGUGACCCUUCUUGGGUUCUAGUAGCAGGAGAGGGAGGAAAACCUUGCUCAUUUUGCCCAGUUUCACCCAUCAUGUUUCCAUUUUCUAACCUCAGCCUGUUGCAACCUUCCUUCAAGGGGCAGCUGCUCCAGCCCUUUAAUCUUGGGGGGGGGGGGGAGCUGUUGGUUGGUUGCUUUUUCACCCUUGAACAUUUUGCCCUCCGUUUUCUAGAGCUUUUUCCAGCUCUGCUGUGCUUCUUCUGGAGAUGAAGUGAGCAGAACCAGACUGUAUCCCAUAUUCAGCCACCAUAAAUUUUCAUAAGGAAAAUGAGAUGACCCGACUACCCUUAUGGAAAUCUAUGACAGGAUCACACUUGGAAUCCUGUAGGCGGCUUUGCUUUUGAUCCCUAAUGUUGGAUUUGACACAUUCACAGCUGCUGCACAUUCACUUGACAUUUUCAGCUCCCCACUGCAGCCCCAAGAUCCCUUUCCUCACCCGUCACUCGGAGGAUGUACAAUCACAUUGAACCACAUUUGCCAUUUUGUCACCUGGCUGGCUUGGUGGCAGGAGGGGAUCCCUGGGGAUCCCUUGGCUGUCCAUUUCCCCCUCACCAUUCUCAAUAAUGUGAUGUUGUCCACAAACUUGACCAGCUCUCUGCCGAUCCUUUGCUUUGGAUCCUUUAUGAUCAAGUUAAAAAUCAUGAUUAAAAAAAUCCUUCCAGAAACAAAAGCUCAUACCAGUAACCAACUUGCUUGGUCUCUAAGGUGCUACAGGAAGGAUUUUUUUAAUUUUGUUUUGACUACGGCAGACCAACACGGCUACCUACCUGUAAUUAAAAAUCAUGGUACCCUGCAUGGAGCCUCUCUUAUAAUAAUAAUAAUAAUAAUAAUAAUAAUAAUAAUAAUAAUUAUUAUUAUUUAUUUCCUGCCUUGCAGGAAUGGAAGGAUGUUCAUUCCUCCUCGCUGCUUCCUGUUCAAGCAGUUGCCCUUCCAGGAGAGGCCUGUCCUUUCCUUCCACAGCUGCUCAAUAUGCCUCAUAUCUUGGGAACAUUUGGUGGGAAGUGGAGUUUCUGCAAGAGAGGAGAGUUGCCUCUUUGCUGAGCUUGUUAAGAUUCUUGAAUUCCCCACUGGUGUGAAGUGAGUGACCUUCAUUCCACGGCUGAGGAGGGUUAGGGUCAGGCCCGGCUGGCCCUUGCCUGCCUGAUGCCCUGAGCAAAAGGCUUUGUCCUCCUGGGCCCAUUGUCUGCCUGGCCUUUGAUUUGCAGGGACAAUUUGCUCUUGGGUUGCUCCUCGCCUGCUCUAAGCCCCCGUGAACUGAACUGCCUUCUUGCCUGCCCUUUUCCUAAUUUGCGGUCAGUGCUCUUAUUUUGAGAUGCAACUACAGCGGCCCUUCAAGACAAGGCACGUGGGCAAUUGCGUUUAGUUGAAGAGCAGCCGUG